CAUAUAUUCUAAGAAUUAGAAUCGUAGUACUUUGUUUUAAGUUGACAAAUACAAAAUUAAAUAACAAAUGUCACUAUAAACAGUGUUCACUUCACUCUAGUAAAAAAUAAUGAGAAAAAUCUAAUUCGGUUGACAAUUUUCUCUUCUUUAUUUUCUUCGCCGUUUCAUUUACGUUUUGGAAGGAAGUUUCUGAUAUCUUCUUUGGCAUUUACGUCACAAAAAUCGAUCAUAUGUAUAUAUACACAUACAUAUGAACUGUAUUUGCUUAUGAUCAUCAUAGAUUCAUAAGUUCAAGACUUGACACACUGAUACUCUUGUGUCUUGUUCAUCAAGAAAGUCAAUGGUUGUGGCAAUGAAGAAAGCAUGGCUUAUGAUCUAUCUCUUGAUCACCAUUUUAUCUGCAACCUCAGUCUGUUCUUCAAUCUCUGUCUCGUACUCUGAUCACUGCUCUUCACUUGUCCCUGUAUCAACCCCAACUGUUCCACCUGACACUUCCAUAUUCCCUCUCUUCCGAAUCCUAAACGGUCACUACACCGGCGGUGAAAGAAUUAUUGGCAACUUCUCAUCCCAAUUCUCUGUCAACUCCCCAAAACAAGUCUCAUUCCACCCAAGCCAAAACAUCUUCAAAACCAACACAACUGGUGUUUACAAGAUUCGAGCCUACUUGAUCUUCAGUCGCUCGAGUGCAUACUAUUAUCUUCCUCCCAAUUCAACCCAUGGCCAGCCUUACUAUCAUCGGUCAAGUCCAUUGAAGUUUUCAUUAGAUGGGUUCUGGUCACGGAGCUCUAGAAAGCUAUGUAUGGUUGGCUCGGCUUCUUGGAACUCUGAGAAAGGUAAUCCUCUCAAUCUUGACGCGGUUCUUAAGCUUAAUUAUGCAAUGAAUUCGACUAUUGUUACUAGUUUGGUUACCGGGAUAUUGGAGAGCUUGAGCUCUCCAACCAGUCCGAAUUACUUCGAACCAAUUUCAAUCUUGGCAUUUGUUCCUUCUAGUAACUACGUUUACACAUUGGUUUCCGAGGAAGUUGAUAACGGGUGUCUUGGUGGGAUUGAUUUUCCACAGAACCAAUCGAUUGGUAUCCAAUCAGGACAUUUCUGUUCAAUGCUAUGGCGACCAAUCAAUGACUUCAUGUUGGAAUAUCCCAAUGAGUGCGUUUCAUGGAAAAAUUGUACUCCUCUUGGCCCUGGUAUUGAGUAUCUGCCUCGCCUGAUGUCCCUGAGCACGAUGCAGUGUUCUGAGAAAGAACGCAAGGUGCGAUUCUCCAUAGGAUUUGGGAACAAUAGCUAUAUUGGGUAUUCCCAACCUUUUGAUCCCACGAUAACGUUUGUUGGAGAAGGAUCGUGGGAUGGGAACAAGAACCAGCUUUGUAUGGUUGCUUGCCGGAUCUUGAAUUCUACCAAUUCUUUGGCAAAUGCUCGCGUUGGUGAUUGUUCGCUCAGGUUGAGCUUGAGGCACGCUGCUUUCUGGACAAUCAGAGACAGAACAAUCAUUAAUGGUCAAAUUUGGACUAACAAGACUGCCAAUGAGUCAGGGUACUUCAACAGGAUCAAAUUUGGAAGCUAUGAGAAUAGGAUGAUUGGGGGUGUUUCAAGAUCUAUGGGUUUGAGAUAUGAGUACACUGAAACUGACAGAGUAAGAAAGUCAUGCUUGGUAAAGAAGCAGCCUGCGAAGAAGAGGACGUGGGAGAGGUACCCAAAGGGGAAUUCUUACGAUUUGAGGUUUGACAUGUCGGUUAAAGAUUCCAUGCGGAAACUUGCUUGGGGUUAUGCAGUCCCCAUCUUUGUUGGUGAUCAGCGUUAUGAUCAAUCUCUCUCAUAUUCAAGGUAUGACAAAUCUGAAGUCGAGGCAAACAAAAGUUUUAUCGGCCCAUUGAAUAUCAGCUACAUUAUCAGCAUUGCAAGGUUACCUUCUUCCACACAUGGGAUUCCUUCAAGUAAUUUAUCUUUCAUUCCCAAACGUGGAGUUGGUAUUUCUGCUGAAGGAAUCUAUGAUGAUGAAACAGGGCAGCUUUGUAUGGUGGGCUGUAGAAAUGUUGGUCCAAACGAUUCUAAGGACUGUGAGCUGCUUUUGAAAUUCCAAUUCCCACCUGUAAAUGCAAAGAGAGGAGGGACUAUCAAGGGAAGCAUCGAAAGCACACGAAAAAAAACUGACCCUCUUUUCUUCAAGCAUUUAAGCAUGUCUUCAAUUGCUUUCUACACUGGGGAAGCUAAGAAAUCUGUGUGGCGAAUGGACUUGGAGAUCACCAUGGUUUUGAUCUCCAACACACUGGCAUGUGUGUUUGUGGGAUUACAACUCUUUCAUGUGAAAAAAAACCCUGAUGUGCUUCCUCUCACAUCCCUUGUCAUGUUUAUGAUCCUCACUUUGGGGCACAUGAUCCCUCUUGUGCUCAACUAUGAAGCUAUGUUCUUUGGAAUUCGCAAUCGCCAGAACGUGUUUCUUGGCAACGGUGGGUGGGUCGAAGUGAACGAGGUGAUUGUGAGAGUGGUUACAAUGGUGGCUUUCUUGCUUCAAUUCCGGCUUCUCCAACUGGUGUGGACAGCACGUUUGGGUGACGAAAACCAUAAGAGCCUGUGGAUUGCUGAAAAAAAGACUCUGUUUGUGUCUCUACCAUUAUACAUUAUUGGGUUAUUAAUUGCUUGGCUCAUGAAUUUGGGGAAGAACAAUCACAGCAAUGCAAUAAUUUCUUCUUCUCUUCACCAACAGCACUCUCUUUGGGAGGCUUUGAGAUCAUAUGGUGGUUUAGUCCUUGAUGGGUUUCUUUUCCCUCAAAUUCUCCUCAACACAAUCAGAUUUUCAAAGGAAAGUCCUCUUUCUCAUUCCUUCUACAUUGGAACCACCUUUGUUCGAUUGCUGCCACACGCGUACGAUCUUUACAGGGCUCAAAACUAUGCUCGGCGCCAUUUAGAUGGUUCAUACUUCUACGCGAAUCCUAGCGCAGAUUUCUAUUCCACUUCUUGGGAUGUCAUAAUUCCUUGCGGGGGAGUGUUGUUCGCAGCCAUCAUUUUCUUGCAGCAGCGAUUUGGAGGCCGAUGUAUUCUUCCCAGGAGAUUUAGAGAGGCAGAGGGAUAUGAAAAGGUGCCUAUAGUGACCAGUGAGCAGUAGUGAGUCAAGUGCUAAAAUGGAAAUAAAGCUUAUAAGAUUUUCUGUUGCUUUACAAGUUGUUCUAAGUUGUAUUUUGUGUCUUCUUGAACAAGAAAAAACUGCAUAGUCUUUCCACUUGCAGUAAGCUUUAGUCUGUGUGUGUGUGUUCGUAGGUGCCACUGGUCUGUCUUACGUUUGUGGGUUUUGGUCUGCACAAUGGAGAUAUGAUAAUUCUCAUCUUUCUUGUUUUCA